AUGGUAGACCAAAGUGAGCAAGCUUGGCGUGUAUUGUCGCGUCGAUAUGGAGCACAACUUUGUUUCACGCCAAUGAUACACGCGAAAAUGUUUUGUGAUGAACGUAAUUUGCGGUAUAGGCAGGAAGUGUGGUCUACCGGUGAAGGGGAUAGACCGUUAAUAGUGCAGUUUUGUGCUAAUGAACCAGAAGCUUUACUUGAGGCUGCUAAACGCGUUCAAGAUCAUUGUGAUGCUAUCGAUUUGAAUUUGGGGUGUCCGCAGCAUAUUGCAAGACGUGGUCGAUAUGGCGCGUUUUUACAAGAUGAAUGGGAAUUAAUCCAUAAAUUAAACAAAACAAUUGAAUAUGCUCGAAUGAUUGAACGUGCUGGCGCGCAAAUGCUUACAGUGCACGGUCGUAUACGAGAUCAAAAAGGACACAAUACGGGGUUGGCAGAUUGGGAACAGAUUCGUUGUGUGAAGGAAGCAGUUAAUAUCCCGGUAAUCGCCAACGGUAAUAUCCUUUAUUUUGAAGAUAUACAACGCUGUCUGGAAGCUACAGGAGCCGACGGUGUAAUGUCAGCCGAAGGAAACUUAUACAACCCGGCUCUGUUCGCAAAUCACAAUCUGCCGAUAUGGACAAUGGCACAGGAAUAUCUAGAUAUAUGUCAGACAAUCACUACGAAAAACGCCUAUAUUCGUGGUCACUUGUUCAAGAUUUUGAGACCAGCGCUUCCAUUUCAUGCCGAUUUGCGCGAACGAUUGGCAAAUGCGAAUUAUUUACAAGAGUUUUGUGGACUAGUCGACGAGUUGAAGAAGCGAAUCGUACAAAUAGAGCAAAUUGAUGAUUCUCAAUUAGAGCACGGAACGCAAUUAGUAUCAGUUCCAGUAGACGAGAAUGGAAUCAAGCAGUAUCCGUAUUGGAUAUGUCAACCAAAUGUACGAUCGAUUGUUAAUUUCAAUCCUCCUGUUAGCAAUAUUUUGUCGACGAGAGAAGAUACGUCAAACAAUGAUAAUGAUCACUCAGAAGACACGAUAGAUUUUUCAAAUAACUUUCUAGGCUGA